UCGGUGACUCGGUCAAGCACCACUCUUGCAAACUGUAUUUUUGGUUACUUUUUUUCAGUCUUUCUUCUUUCGGUGUGGAAAAUAUCAUUCUUUUUCUAAUUGGUUGAAAAGACAAAAAGUUUUUGAAAAUAUAAAAUUGAAAAACAGAAAAGACAGAGAGGAGAGAGAGAGAGAGUGGCUCGUGUGUGUACUCUGGUGAGAAAUGGGAUGCACAGCCUCCAAGCUGGACAGUGAGGACGCCGUCCGCCGCUGCAAGGAGCGCCGCCGUCUCAUGAAGGAGGCCGUCUACGCUCGUCACCAUCUCGCCGCCGCUCACUCCGACUAUUGCCGGUCCCUUCGUCUCACCGGCUCCGCCCUCUCCUCAUUUGGCACCGGCGAACCCCUCGCCGUCUCUGAAAACACCCCCGCUGUUUUUCUCCGCCCCUCCAACCACGAUGCUCCAAGUGUCCCUUCCCCCAAACCCCCUCCUCUCGAGCCCCCCGCCGCCGCCGCCGCCGCCGCCGCCACGACAAGCCGUACACGCCGCCGCCACAACCCGUCUCAUCCCCACCGUAGGCUCCGGCUUCCCCACAUUCUCUCCGAGUCCUCUCCGUCUUCCUCCCCUGUCAGCGAGAGGUCUAAUCUCACAUUUUCUAGGUCUUUCUAUCCAACUGCUCACCAGAACUCCGCUUACUCCCGCUCUCCUUCCCAAGCUUCCUCCGUCUGGAACUGGGAGAAUUUCUACCCUCCCUCUCCCCCCGACUCUGAGUUCUUCGAACGCAAAGCUCGGGAGAAGCACCCUCCUCGUAGCCACUCCGACGCUGAAACUGAGCCCGAGGAAGUUCUCUGCAGCGAAUGGGGCGACGACCAUGACCGCUUUACUGCCACCACUUCGUCCGACGGUGAUGGGGAGGGCGAAGCUCACGCUUCCAGGUCCGGUCUUGAGUCGCCUGCUCCUGCGCAGCCUGUGAAACAGCAACCAGACCACCACGGCAAGGACGAGGUCGACCAUCUUAUGACUUCUUCCUACGGCUACAAGACGAAAAUGGUGGUAAGGCACAAGGAUUUGAAGGAAAUCCUCGACGCCGUUCAACUCUACUUCGACAAGGCUGCCUCCGCUGGUGACCAGGUCUCCGCUAUGCUUGAGAUCGGCCGUGCUGAGCUCGACCGCAGCUUCAGCAAGCUGAGGAAGACGGUGUACCAUUCAAGCAGUGUUUUCAGCAACUUGAGCGCAAGCUGGACCUCUAAACCACCAUUGGCAGUGAAAUACAAGCUAGAUGCAUCAACCCUGAAUGAACAAGGCGGCCUCAAGAGCCUCUGCUCCACUCUAGACCGACUCCUGGCCUGGGAGAAGAAGCUAUAUGAGGAUGUCAAGGCAAGGGAAGGAGUCAAGAUUGAGCACGAGAAGAAGCUGUCUGCGUUGCAGAGCCAGGAGUAUAAGGGAGGAGAUGACUCCAAGCUAGACAAGACUAAAACUUCCAUCACCAGAUUGCAAUCACUGAUCAUUGUUACUUCGGAGGCUGUUUUAACCACGUCUAAUGCCAUUCUCCGCCUCCGGGACACUGACCUUGUGCCUCAGCUUGUUGAACUCUGCCACGGAUUAAUGUACAUGUGGAAGUCGAUGCACGAGUACCACGAAAUCCAGAACAACAUCGUCCAACAAGUGCGUGGUCUGAUAAACCAAACAGAGAAAGGUGAGUCAACGUCAGAAGUACACAGGCAAGUGACGCGGGACCUAGAGUCAGCUGUCUCCUUGUGGCACUCGAGCUUCUGUCGCAUCAUCAAAUUCCAAAGGGAGUUCAUAAGCUCCCUCCACGCCUGGUUCAAGCUAAGCCUCGUUCCCUUGAGCAACGAAGACCCAAAGAAGCAGCGGUCGGAGUCAUUUGCCUUGUGUGAAGAGUGGAAGCUGAGCCUGGAGCGAGUGCCUGACACGGUGGCGUCAGAAGCCAUAAAGAGCUUUGUAAACGUGGUCCAUGUCAUAUCAAUAAAGCAAGGGGAAGAGGUGAAGAUGAAGAAACGCACGGAGAGUGCAGGAAAGGAGCUGGAGAAGAAGGCGUCGUCACUGAGGAGCAUAGAGAGGAAGUAUUACCAGGCGUAUUCGACGGUUGGGAUAGGCCCUGGACCCGAGGCCUUGGACGCACGGGACCCGCUCUCUGAGAAGAAAUCGGAGCUGGCGGCUUGUCAGAGGCAGGUGGAGGAUGAGGUGAUGAGGCACGAAAAGGCUGUGGAGGUGACUCGGGCUAUGACUCUCAACAAUCUUCAAACCGGCCUGCCAAAUGUCUUCCAAGCCCUCACCAGCUUCUCAUCUCUCUUCACCGACUCUCUGCAGACCGUCUGUUCUCGUUCCUACUCUAUCAACUGAUAUCAUGUCCCCAAGUCUCGAUGUUUUGUUUGUUUGUUUGUUUGUUUGUGGCAGCUGUAAAUUUACCAUUGCUUGCUUGCUUCUCUUUUGCUUUAACCCUGUGACUGUGAGCAUUAAAUUAAUUAACGGCCUGAACUUUUUUAAUA